AUGACGGGAGACCGUAUCGCUCGCAUUUACGUCCAGCUUGUCUUUCAUGCCGUCGAAGAAAGUCCCGUUGCAAAACGAACCCUGCUGCUGAAACAUUUACGCAGAACCCGGAAAACGAAUAAUCGGGCUAAAACUGUUGACAACCCCGAACAGGAAAAUAUAGAACUGAAUUCUAAUGUCAAUGAUGGGACCGAGGCCGCUGCAGAUUUAUCACUGUUGCCUUCUUAUGAGGGGACGAAUCCCCGCGCCAUAAACACGUCCAGGUCUCCUACCAGCCCUGUUCAUCUUAUGGAUAAUGAAAAUAAUGCAAAUAGACAUUUGUUGUCAAAUUUCACCAGUUCAUUUGCAGGUGCUGAAGAGGAAGACUCCCAUAUCAUCGGACCUGCUAUGGCCGUUGAUAGUGAGAUCUUGGAGAACUAUCUUUCGACUGUUCUUGAUAACGGGAGUACCUUGCGCAUGAUUCGGACUUCAUCAAAGUCUAAUACUUCAAGUCAACAUGCAAGACCGACUAUGUUUACGACUGCCCGAAGACGUCCGCUAGGUCUAUUAAAGAACCAAAAUCCCACUUCAAACAAGUGCGAAAUGGUUGAGAAACUCGUAGAACCACAUCUUCAGGAUCUCGUGGAUCUCUAUUUUGGAAAGGUUAAUAUAUGCUUUCCUCUUCUCGAUGAGCGAUCCUUUAAGAAACUCUUUUCAGAGAACAAAGAGAAGAUAUCGCCUGCUUUGUUGUCAAACUUGUACACAAAUAGCAUGAUCUAUUGGCGGCAUUCCCCCUUGCUUUCCCGCGACCGCUGCCCUGAUAUUCGCUUCUGUUGGCUGCAGUCUUGCGAAGCAUUGCAUUCAGAAUUGUUUCUGUCUCCUGGGACAUCUGCAAUCAUAACAAUACUCCUAAACAUUGGCGGACGACCGAGUACGUCAGUAUUCGGCAAUGCAGGCUUGCUUGGGACUGCGGUUGCAUUGUCCCAUGCGUUAGGUCUCAAUCGUGACCCUACUGAAUGGGACAUAUCUUCGUUGGAAAAGCGGCUGAGGAUCCGGAUCUGGUGGGCACUAGUAAUCCAUGAUAGGUGGUACAGCUUGGCGUAUGGUACGCCUCCUCAAAUCCAUAGGUCACAGCACGAUGUGCCAAUACCUACAAUUAGAGAUUUGUGCACGGCAAAUACUUCGUCGGCUGAACGCUUGGCUGCCUCAGUUUUUAUAUCCCUUACCACUCUCACCGAAGUUUUGGGCCGCUAUUUAGAAUACCUCUACGACCUUGAGAAAGAUCAGAGGAAGGCGAGGGAAAUCACUCCUUCUACGUUGGAGCUUCUUCUCAGCCAUUGGGAGCGGUCUUUGGAUGCUGUUGUUUGCAAAAUAGUGCUUCAUGGAUAUGAUCUUGAUGCGCCUGGUGCAGCCAACUUGCGACUUGCAUAUCUAGCGACGAGGUUGCUUCUUCGAAGAAUUCAACUGGAUCUCGACAAGCAAGUGCAGGGGGUAGACGAGGAGGCAAUAACGCAUCGAUACAUCCAGGCUGAGAAAGCUGCAGAGGAUAUUGUGCAUUUUGCGCAAGCCCUGAAUGAGAAUCAUUUGACAGGGUUUUGGAUCCCCACCAGUGCAUUCUCGUUGACAUCGGCAACUACUUUGUUGCUGAGGAGCGCUCUUAGGGCCAAAAACUUUGGCCCGGGUGGCCCGCUUGCGAUUGCUAAGGAUAUGAUUUGCACCUUGCAGUCCCAUCACCGGAAGUUUGGCUGGGACCUCGCUGAUAAUUGUCUCGGGCAGUAUGCCGAUAUCAUUGAGAAAAUAUGCCCUCCAAACGGCGAUGUCUACGAACCUUCGUUGCCUGAUUUCGAACAGCUGAUGAUGUUUGACUUUCCAGGGCUGGAUGACCUAUUUCCGAAUAUCUGGGACUUUCCGGGAAUAUGA